GCGUUUGAGAAAUCUCCUGGGUGACGGGGAACGCGGCAGGCGCCUCGCAGUAGAAGGUAUGCUUCUGCGCAGUGACUCGCUUGGGAGGCGACUGGAGCCUAGCGAUGAAGAAAGUUUUUACUCUAUUAGAAAGGUCUUGGCUCGGGACUCCUCUACAAUUCAGCUGGCAAAAGACAUUAGGAAAUUACUUAGCUGUAACAGGAGCUGAUCAUACUGUAAAAAUCUUUGAUCGUCAUGGUCAAAAAAGAAGUGAAAUUAAUUUGCCUGGUAACUGUGUUGCUAUGGAUUGGGAUAAAGAGGGAGAUACCCUAGCAGUGGUUUCUGAGAAAUCUAGUUCCAUCUAUUUGUGGGAUGCCAAUUCAAAUAAAAUCAGCCAAUUGGACAGUGGCAUGAGGGAUCAGAUGUCUUUUCUUCUCUGGUCAAAAUAUGGAGCAUUCCUAGCUGCUGGGACUGUUAAGGGAAAUUUGCUUAUAUAUAAUCGUCAGACUUCUAGAAAGAUCCCUGUCCUUGGUAAACACACUAAGCGGAUCACAUGUGGGUGUUGGAGUUCAGAAAAUCUCCUGGCAUUGGGAAGUGAAGAUAAAAUGAUAACAGUUAGUAAUCAGGAAGGUGAUACCAUAAGACAGACUCCAGUCCGAUCAGAGCCUAGUGAUAUGCAAUUUUCAACAAUGAAGACUGAUGACAGAAACUCGGCCUCUGAAAGCACAAUAAGUGUGGUGGUUGGCAAGAAAACUUUAUUUCUUUUCAAUCUGAAUGAUCCAGAUAGCCCAAUUGAUCUGGAAUUUCAGCAGCGCUAUGGCAGCAUUGUUUGUUACUGUUGGUAUGGAGAUGGCUAUAUAAUGAUUGGUUUCUCACGUGGAAUUUUUGUUGUCAUUUCAACUCAUAUUCGAGAAAUUGGUCAAGAGAUCUUUCAGGCUCGUAACCACAAGGAUAACUUAAGUAGUAUUGCAAUAUCACAGUCCCUUAACAAAGCUGCUACAUGUGGGGACAACUGCAUUAAAAUCCAUGACCUAUCAGAACUAAAAGAAAUGUAUGCUAUAAUAAAUCUGGAUGAUGAAAAUAAAGGGUUGGGUAGUCUAUCUUGGACAGAUGAUGGCCAGUUGUUGGCAGUGUCUACUCAAAGAGGCUCACUCCAUGUUUUCCUGACCAAACUUCCUGUUCUUGGGGACAAAUGCAGCACACGGAUUGCAUAUCUCACCUCUCUGCUUGAAGUGACAAUAGCCAACCCUGUUGAAGGAGAGCUACCCAUCACAGUUUCUGUUGAAGUGGAGCCCAAUUUCUUAGCUAUAGGUCUUUAUCAUCUGGCUGUGGGAAUGAACAACCGAGCUUGGUUCUAUGCACUUGGAGAUGAUGUUGUGAAAAAACUGAAAGAUGUCGAGUAUCUAGGAACAGUGGCUAAUAUGUGCCUUCAUUCUGACUAUGCUGCUGUACUUUUUGAGGGCAAAAUUCAGUUACAUAUGAUAGAAAGUGAAAUUUUGGAUGCUGAAGAGGAACGUGAGACUCGACUUUUUCCAGAGGUAGAUGACAGAUGCCGAAUUUUAUGCCAUGCUUUAACUGGAGAUUUCCUGAUUUAUGGUACAGAUACUGGUGUUAUUAGGUAUUUCUUUAUUGAAGAUUGGCAGUAUGUGAAUGAAUAUCGACAUUCUGUCAGUGUGAAAAAAAUUUUUCCUGACCCUAAUGGGACCAAAUUGGUUUUCAUUGAUGAAAAAAGUGAAGGAUUUGUCUACUGUCCUGUUAAUGAUAUCACCUAUGAAAUUCCAAAUUUCUCACCGACUAUUAAAGGUGUUCUUUGGGAAAACUGGCCAUUGGAUAAGGGUGUAUUUAUUGCCUAUGAUGAUGACAAGGUCUAUACGUUUGUCUUUCAUAAGGAUACUAUACAAGGUUCCAAGGUAAUUUUGGCAGGAGGUACCAAAGUUCCAUUUUCUCAUAAACCAUUGCUGUUAUAUAACGGAGAAUUAACAUGCCAGACACAGAGUGGAAAAACCAACAAUAUAUAUCUUAACACCCAUAACUUCCUUGGCAGUUUAAAAGACCCUGAGCCCAAUGAACUGAAACAAAUGCUGACACAGGCUUUAAUGCUUAAAAGGUUUUCUGAUGCAUGGGAAUUGUGCAAAAUCCUCAAUGAUCAAGAUACUUGGAACGAACUUGCCAGAGCUUGCCUACAUCACAUGGAGGUGGAGUUUGCAAUCCGAGUUUAUCGUACAAUUGGAAAUGUUGGAAUGGUGAUGUCUCUAGAACAAGUAAAGGGAAUAGAAGACCAUAACCUUUUAGCAGGACAUCUUGCCAUGUUUACAAAUGAUUUCAGUCUGGCUCAGGAUCUUUACUUGUCAUCAAUCUAUCCCUCUGCUGCACUGGAGAUGAGACGAGAUUUGCAACAUUGGGACAGUGCACUACAGCUUGCUAAACGUCUGGCCCCAGAACAAAUACCAUUCAUAUCAAAGGAGUAUGCCGUUCAGCUUGAGUUCACGGGUGAUUAUGUAAAUGCUUUGGCUCAUUAUGAGAAAGGAAUAACAGGUGAUAAUAAGCACCUAGAACAUGAUGAGGCCUGUCUAGCUGGAGUGGCUCAAAUGUCUAUUAGAAUAGGAGAUAUUCGACGAGGCGUUAACCAAGCCAUCAAACAUCCAAGCCGACUCCUGAAAAGGGAUUGUGGGACUAUUCUGGAAAAUAUGAAGCAAUUCUCAGAAGCAGCCCAACUGUAUGAAAAAGGGCAGUACUAUGACAAAGCAGCAUCUGUUUAUAUUCGCUGUAAAAACUGGGCAAAAGUUGGUGAGCUUCUCCCUAAUGUUUCUUCUCCUAAGAUCCACCUACAGUAUGCCAAAGCCAAAGAAGCAGAUGGAAGAUAUAAAGAAGCUGUUAUUGCUUAUGAGAAUGCAAAACAGUGGAACAGUGUGAUCCGCAUCUACUUGGAUCACCUUAAUAAUCCUGAAAAAGCUGUUCGAAUUGUCAGAGAAACCCAGUCUCUUGAUGGAGCCAAAAUGGUAGCCAGAUUCUUUCUUCAGUUGGGUGACUAUGGCUCUGCUAUCCAGUUUCUUGUUAUGUCCAAAUGUAAUCAUGAAGCUUUUACCCUAGCCCAGCAGCACAAUCAAAUGGAAAUCUAUGCAGAUAUCAUUGGUUCUAUGGACACUACUAAUGAAGAUUAUCAGAGCAUUGCAGUAUACUUUGAAGGAGAAAAGAAGCAUCUACAAGCUGGAAAAUUCUUCUUCUUAUGUGGCCAGUAUGCAAAGGCACUUAAACAUUUCUUGAAAUGCCCAAGCUCAGAAGAUAAUAUGGCAAUAGAAAUGGCAAUUGAAACAGUUGGACAUGCUAAGGAUGAAGUUUUAACUAGUCAGCUAAUAGACCAUCUCCUGGGUGAGAGUGACGGCAUGCCUAAGGAUGCCAAAUAUCUGUUCCGCUUGUACAUGGCUCUGAAGAAAUACAGAGAAGCUGCUAGGACUGCUAUUAUAAUUGCCAGAGAAGAACAAUCUGCAGGAAACUAUCGAAAUGCACAUGAUGUUCUCUUCAGUAUGUAUGCAGAAUUAAAAACCCAGAAAAUCAAAAUUCCUUCUGAGAUGGCUACCAAUCUAAUGAUUCUGCACAGCUAUAUUUUAGUGAAGAUACAUGUUAAAAGUGGAGAUCAUAUGAAGGGAGCACGAAUGCUUAUUCGUGUGGCCAACAACAUUAGCAAAUUCCCAUCACACAUUGUACCUAUCUUGACUUCUACCGUGAUAGAGUGUCACAGAGCAGGCCUGAAAAACUCUGCUUUCAGUUUUGCUGCUAUGUUGAUGAGACCUGAGUAUCGCAAUAAAAUAGAUAUCAAGUAUAAAAAGAAAAUUGAAGCAAUGGUGAGGAGACCUGACACAUCAGAAAUAGAAGAGAUCUCAACACCAUGUCCAUUUUGUGAAUUCCUGAUUCCUGAAUCUGAACUACUCUGCCCUGGAUGCAAAAAUAAUAUCCCAUAUUGCAUUGCCACUGGUCGGCAUAUGUUAAAAGAUGACUGGACUGUAUGUCCACAUUGUGACUUUCCUGCUUUAUACUCAGAAUUCAAAAUCAUGCUGAAUACAGAAAACACAUGCCCUAUGUGUUCAGAAAGGUUAACCAGUGAUCAACUUAAAAAAAUAACAGAUUUUGCACAAUACCCCAGGGGAGAAGUGGAACAAUGACUACCUCCAGGUACUGAAAUGGCCCACUUAGUCAUCAAGUACACACAGCCCCAAGAUGACAGAGAAACUCUUGUUAUGGGACAAGUCUGAAGAGUAUUCAAAUGGAAGAUGUCUGAUGACUAUAUAGUAAUGACAGAUUUUUUUCAACAGCUUUCAGUGAGGAUUGUUAUUUUGAGAGACUAUAUUCUUCAGUACUGAUGCCAUUAUUCAAAACAUUUUUGGAAUUCUUUAUUUUGAAUUGCCAUUGGUCAGUGAAUGAACCAUCCAAGAAAAUCAGUCUCUUCAUUCUUUCAAUACAGUUCAACAAAUGUUUAUUAAGCCCUUGCUAUGUGCAGAGCACUGUGCUUAGGCACUGAAUUUAUAAAAAUAAUAAACCUGACAUUUUAUAGCACUUUAAUAUUCAUAACAUAUUCUUUUGACCCUGAUUAGGUAAGCACUACAUAUAUUCCCAUUUUACAAAUGAGGGCACUGAGGCCCUAUGGUUAAGAUGAAAUGGCCCUAUGGCCAUGCAACUACUAAUUGACAGAGGUGGGAUUUGAACCCAUCUUUCCUGACUCCAAUUGGGUUCAGUACUGUAUUGUGUUGCCUCUCAUGAUCAUGAAUUCAAUUUCAUAUGUACUGAUGAAGUACCUACUAAGUUCAAGGUACUGCACUAAGAAGUGGGGAUACAAAGACAAAACAGGCUUCCAGCCCUCAAGACACACAUGUUCUCUUGGGGUGUGCAACAAAAACACAAUUGCAACAUAACUUGGAAAAAAAGAGUAUUUAACUGAGACCGUCAAGAAACACCUUACCACAGUGGGGCCCAAGCUAAGCCUGGAAGAAAAACAAGUAUUUAGAAAGACUUGAGAUAAUGCAGGUGCCCAGCCUGGUAGGUACCCAUCACACAGUAGGGUCUUGAGUGCUUAGAUUGCCUCUGAAGACAAUUUUAAGAGUGGCAAAAAUAUUCUUUCUGAAUGAAAGCCACCUUCAACUGGUUACAACCCUAAAUUAUUUAGUGAUUGUUUAAGAUGAUGACUUUAUUAAAAAAUGAAAACAUAUGUAGAAUGCAAGCUCACAAGGGCAGUGACUUUCAUUUUCUUUUUAUGUCUAUCCCCAGUGCUUUGCACAUAAAAGACACAACUUCAUUGAAUUACAUGGCUUGUGACAGUAGCAUGUGUUCCUUAAGGCUGCUAGUUUCCCCAAGUCCCUGGAAAUGAUACUAUUCUUAAAGAUUCAGAAAUUGCUAAAGAAUACACUAUAGCUGAUAUUUAUAUAUAUUAACCCAAUUCCACUAUCAGCAAGUAAUAUAGACACUAAACCAAAGGUUCUUAACAUGGGGACCAUGAACUUUUUUUGUUUUGUUAACUAUAUUUCAACAUAAUUUUCUUUUCUAAGUCUAUAUAUUUUAUUUUAUGAAUUUAAAAAUAUUCUGAGAAGGGGUUCAUGGGCUUCCCAGUCUGCUAAAGGGGUCUGACGCAAACUAAGGUUAAGAACCCCUGAACUAAAUACUCCCCAUUCUACAUGUAUUAGGUGGUAUUAGGAAUAUGCCUGCUUUAUUUCACAGAAAUAAUUCUAACCAAAAAUACAUAUCAACUUUUUCCUAAUUGUGUGAAUUUCCUCAGUCCUGCAUUUCUUAAGUUCCCACAAGUGGAGGUCUACAAAGAGACUAGACAACCAUUUUUUGUCAACAAAUGAGGGUUUAUCUGUUCCCUGCAACCCCUAGAAACUUUUAAAAUAUUAAUUUGUUUAGCAGUAUUUUCUUCAUAAGUAAUUUAGAGGAAUUGGAUCUAGCCCAAACUGAAUUACCACGAGUUAUGAAUUGUGAUAUUCAAACUAUUGUUUUUGUUAUUCUUUAAGAACUGCUUUCAAGAAGUAGUUACCCCAAGAAAAUGUUUGGCUUCCUAAACAGAAAUAAUAGUUUUAUGGUUUGCUUCAGUGAUUCACUGAUGAAUGCAACUUAACAGCUCUUAAAAAGCAGCUUUUUUCAACCCUGUCUUAGUCACUAGUAUCAAUAUUUUUCUCUCCUUUUACCAAUUUUGUACUUUAAAUGACUUUCUAUCUAUAUUGCCUGGCACUUUCCAGAACACAAAAGAUUCAGCUAGUAAAAAAAAAAUGUUUAUUACACAUGGAUUGUCCUUUAAUUGUUGCACUGAGUGACCAGAAAGGUAGCAAUCAUUCUCCAACUGAGCUAAAAGAAAUGGAAGCCAAAAAAAAAAAAAAAAAAGGGGCGGCUAGGUGGCGCAGUGGAUGGAGCACCGGCCCUGGAUUCAGGAAUACCUGGGUUCAAGUCCGGCCUCAGACACUUGACACUUACUAGCUGUGUGACCCUGGACAAGUCACUUAACCCCCAUUGCCCCGCAAAAAAAAAAAAAAAAAAAAAAAAAAGAAAUGGAAGCAAGCAUGUUAUUUAUAUGCUUACUAUACAUACCAUGGCUGUUAAGUGUUUAGCUUCAUUUCUUAUCAAAUAUUUGCAUUUGCUUUAUUCUCUCCUUCCACCAACAGCUAUGUGGUAGAAAAUUUAAAGACUCAUAUAUAACAGUUAUUAGAAGCUAUAUCAUAUGACAUAUCUCAAGGUCCCUUCUCGCAUUUUUCAUACUUUAUUUGUUAUCUUUGGUGUAAGAUUUUUUCCUCAAUUCUGUCUCCUGUAUUGUGAUUCUGUAAACAUUUACAUUUUGAUAUUUUU